AGUUUAAGACUGUCUUGAUGCUCAGAAGGUAACUUUGUUUGACCUUCAAUCCAGAGUGUAAAUAACGAUAAAUGAGCUCUAAUGAUGAAGACAAUGAACUCGGAGCUAAUGUGAAUGUUCUGUUCCUCCUGCAGGUAUUUUGUCAAAGUGGCCUGGGGUUGGACGUUGGGCCUCCUGACCUCCUUCCUCCUCCUCUUCUACAACUUCUCCUUCAACCGAAGCGUCCUCGUCCGGCGGCUGCUGUCUCUGGUGGUGGCUACAGCCGUCUGGUACGUCUGCACCGAGGCCUUCUCGUACAUCGAGGAGGUGACCGGCUCGUGUUUGGAAACCGACACCUCGGACGCUCUCAAGAGCGAGUUCACAUCCAAAGCCAGCUGCAGGCGGGCCGGCUUCCGCUGGAACGGCGUCGACAUCUCGGGGCACUCCUUCAUCCUGGCUUACUCCGCCCUCCUCAUCGUGGAGGAAACGGCGCCCAUGGCCACUCUGAAGCCGGCCAGUCUCUCUGCGUUAUCCAGGACGGUCCUCAACCUGCUGUACGUGGCCUUGAAUCUGAUCGUGAUCAUUUGGGUGUGGAUGUUCGCCUGCACCUCUGUCUACUUCCACGAUACAUCUCACAAGUUGCUCGGGACCAUAUGUGGCCUGUUGGGCUGGUAUCUGACAUAUCGGGUUUGGUAUCUCAAACCUUUGUCGCCAGGACUCCCCCUUCAGCUCCACCCGAAAGAACAAAAGCAACACGCCUGAGCUGCAGUCACACUUUCCUGUACAACACUGUUACCUAACGUCGCAGCCAUCCUCCAAACAACACACUACAGCUGAUGUUAUCUGUCUCCGGGUCCAAGCCGCCCGCGCUAUUUUAAGUUAUUCUCCUCCUCACAGAAAGGUCGCUUUGUACAGGAUGACUGGCUCGCAGUUCCUCCGUGGUGUUUGGCAGCUGCUGUUCCCAAAAUGACUCUUGGUAAUCUGAGAUAAAAAAGCAAGACGCUGCUCCGCUGCCCAGCUUCAGCCUCCGCGGCUCGCAUGCAUUGUCUCCCAGUCUGUUGCCUUACGGUGCUUUCCACAGAGUAAUCACAGUUUCUAGAUGGUCUGACUGGGAACACUUGACAAUGUUUACAGCUCCAGUUGUGUAGCACUGAUUAUAUUUUUGCAGACCAAUGUACAGUUGAUUGUUUUUAUAGGAAUCCACCUGCAGAACAAAAGACUCACGUUUCAUUUAAAUGAGCUGAGCUUAUCCUGUGUCAACACUAUAAAGUAAAGUUUGUGCAGAGGCUGUAGAGCUUUUAAUGCCUCGUCAUACAUGUAGACUGAAGCAUAAACCAAGUUACCAUUAUUUUGAAGCUCGAAACGUCAUUUACUCUACUGACACACGACAAAGAAGAGCAACCAAUCCUCAUAAUUUCAAAGAUGGAGCUUGAAAACGAUAAAUGAGUCACGUUGACGUUCUAAUCGAACCUAACUGCUUCAGUUGUAAUCUUUAUUUGUUGUCGGCGAAGACUUGAAAUGAACAAAACUGAAUUUAAUUUACCACCAAGUGUUUCGUUUGUCUUAUUCCUUUGUGCCAUAGAGCUUCACUGACGCACCGUCCUGCAAGAGCACCAAGUUAUGUAAUCCUCAUGAAAAUAAAACAUCACCCAGCUCUUUGUGUUCAAGUUUUAAGUCCACAGACGUGGUUGUAAAGUAUCAAAAGAUGAAUUGUUUUGGGGAUAUAAUAAUAAUAAUAUAUAAUAACAUCAGCCUUACACUGAUGUCAGUUUAACUCAUAGCAGUAAUUCAUGUUUAUAACUCUGUUUAUGACAAAUACACGAGCUCUGUAGUGAACGUUUGUGCGUUUGUUGAAAUAAAAUAAAAAAUCGUGA